CUAAAUCAUUCUAUUUUGUCCCAUAUUCACUAAAUAAUGCGACGUAAUCCGCAUGAUAAUAUAUAGCAAUAACUUAAAAUAUUUUGUGAACUGUUGGAAUAGAUAACGUGAUUUUAGUGUUUUGUAUUGUUUGGUACUUUAAAUUCAAUUAAUUUACAGUGCAUCAGUCAAGUCAGCUGACGUACGUAAACAAAGGGCAUGUCAAUAUUUUGUGAAGUGGUGAAACACCUUUCAAGUGAAUUGUGAUUUAUGUAGAAUUUCUUUAUUCUAUAAAAAUGGAUAUUGACGGUUCUUCGGUAGCUGGGGAGAUAGACCAAAACUUAUUAUUACAAUUUAGUUGUAUGAAUACGACGGAUAGAGAUGAACUCGUUAGUCAAAUGCAGCGACUCCUGGGGCCUAGUUUGAAUUAUAAUACUGCUAGUUUCUUCUUGGACAUGAGCAACUGGAAUUUACAGACAGCUAUUGGUUGUUAUUUAGAUUAUACUUUACCAGCGAAACUUCCAUCCAUGUCUUUAAAAGCUGCUCAAAAUCAAGAGACUGCAGUUGGCCCUGGCACUUGCUUUGAACAAAGUUGGAGCAUUGCAAACACAGGGGCUGAGGGUUGGCCCGGCAGCUGUAGACUGAUACAAGUGGGGGGUGAACCCUUUGGUGCUACGCCGGUUUUUAUACCACCAUUGCCUGCAGGACAUUCCACUACAGUUACUUUAAAGUUAGUAGCACCAACUACACCUGGCACACACAGAGGGUACUUUCAUUUGGUGAAUGAUAAGGGAGAACAGAUAGGAGAUACAUUGUGGGUUGAAGUGAAUGUGGAAAUGGAGAUGACUAUGGCUCUUGUUGAACAACUUGCUGCCUUACCCGUCCCAAGUAGUAAUUGUCAGGUGCCACCACAGGAUGACCAGAUGUGUUGAUAAGAACUGCAGUCACAAAAUAUUUUGUAAAAUUUUCACUAAUCUAACAUUAAUUAUGUUAUAUCUUACAAUAUUUGUAGGCAAGUUUAGAGGGCAAUCUCAAGCUCUAUUAUGAAAUAGCCAAAGAAUAAUCACAACUAUCCAUAAAAAUUGGUUUUACUUUAUUUUGAUAUUACUAUUAAAAUACACUAUUGUCAAUAAAUUUUAUCAUCACAGCAUCACACAAUUAAUUCUUAUAUUUCAUGGCUGUAGUCUGGAAGAUACCCUAAAUUGACCUCAUUUAUAAAAUGUUCUUCAAAUUGACUUGAUUGAAAUCAUUAAGAUUGAGAAUCUUUAAUUUGUAUCAGGUAAUUGUAGACUAAUGAAAUAACUGUCUGAUGGUGGUUUUUUAUUUCUGCAAAGUCAUUGACAGCAAUUAAAUUAGGUAUUCUUAAUGAAUUUGACUUCAUUGCUGUUUAUCACCAAGCAAACAGCUGACAGUAUCGAACUUCACUGAUGAAUUUAUUAAAUGCAUUUCUUACCAAAAUAAUCCAAGAAUAAACAAUAAUAUUCUAGCUGUAGAGAUUACCCCUAAAACUGAAUUAUUUCUUUUUAUAUUAGUUUAGAUGACUUAUAAGUAUGUGAGUAAGGAUUAUAAUUUUAUAUGAUUCACAUUUUUAACUAUACGCUCAUUUAUUAAACAGAUGGUUGUAAUAAGUAAGUGGUAUUGUUAUUGAUAACAGUCUCCUAACUACUGCCUUGACUUAUGAAUUGCACAUUCAUUAAUUCAUCUUGCAUUGCUAUUUAAAAAAAUCUAUAAAUCAAAAGAAAUAUAAUGUACAAAUUACAUUAUAGAAACUUAAUAUUGACUAGCGUAAGAUAACAAAUUAUGAAUUUGUUAGAUAUUGUUGAAUUUUACAAAAUGUAAUGAUUUUAUUAGAAUUAAAUUAAAAUGUUUAGAUUGCAUUGCCAUGGAUGUAAUAUGGGGGAUUUAUUUUAUAGUAUAAAUAAGCAAGUAAUAAAAUAAAAAAAACCUGA